AUGGAUCAAAAUCCUUCAACUCCAGGGGGAGACGGGAGCAAUAACCGAAUACCGAUUGGAGAUUAUUACCAAACUCAACAACUCGGAGACGAUGAUGAUGCUUAUGAUGAUGAUGAUGAAGAUGAAGCGGACCAAGGUGGAAAAGGUAAAAAUAAGAUACUAAAAGAAAGGUGGGGACAUGAUGAGGAUAUAGCAUUGGUCUCCGGAUACCUUAAUUGUGGUGGUGAUCCAUUAGUGGGAACAGAUCAGUCAAAGGCAAAGCUUUGGAUAGAAAUCAAGCGCAUCUACGAUGCUGAAGUGGUAAAAAAACCAUCACUCAUCCACCGAAGGACCAUGAAGUCAAUUAAAGCGCACUGGAGAACCAUCAACCGACUCGUGACUUUGUGGGUAUCGCAACUCGGUGAAGCCGAGCGAAUGAAAUCAAGUGGAAUGGCUAUUACGGAUGUAGAGGCUAAAGCUCAUGAACUAUACAAACAAAAACAAAAUAAUAAAGCUUUCAAAUUGUACCAUUGUUGGAUGGGAAUGAGACACCUUUCAAGAUGGCAACCCGGAUAUGAUUCAACUGUUGUGAGUCAAUCAAGUUCAAAAAGGUCAAGUGAUGAAGUUGUAUCAGUUCGCCCGGAUGGUCAGAAGAAGGCUAAGGCACAAAGAAAGAUGAAAGGAGUAGCUACAAGUUUAGAUGAUUUCAACAACACCUUAAGUGAAAUGCAAGUGGAUUACCAGAUUUCGUAUGCGUCGUCCUCUUUUCUUUCGAAUUAUGAACGCACUCGCUGCGAAAGACAAAUUUUUCAACAACUACCAGACGCAACUGGGAAGCUAGGUGCAUCCAGUCAUCAGAAAUGCACAGCAGCAUUGAGGUGUCUAGCAUAUGGAUCAGCAUCUGACGCAGUCGACGAGUACAUCAAAAUUGCUGAAUCAACAGCAAAGGAGUGCCUUGUGCACUUUGUGCAAGGAAUUCGAAAAGUUUUUACGAACGAGUACUUAAGGAGGCCUACGGUAACCGACUUGCAACGCCUCUUACGUGAUGGGGAAAGGCGGGGUUUUCCUGGAAUGAUGGGCAGCAUAGAUUGCAUGCAUUGGCAAUGGAAAAAUUGCCCACGAGCAUGGAAAGGGUUGUAUCAAGGUAGGUCCAAAUCUGCAACGGUAAUUCUAGAAGCCGUGGCCUCCGGAGACUUGUGGAUAUGGCAUGCAUUUUUCGGAACACCGGGAACUUGCAAUGAUAUCAAUGUAUUGGCACGCUCUCCGGUGUUUGAUGAUCUUUAUCAAGGAAGAGCUCCUGAGGUCACAUUUAAUGUGAAUGGUAAUACCUAUAAUAGGGGAUAUUACCUAACAGAUGGGAUCUACCCUAAAUGGGCAGUGUUCAUGCCAGCAAUUCGACUCCCACUAUCUCCCGUCGAUGAGUUGUUCACCAAACGUCAAGAAUCAGUUCGGAAAGACGUCGAACGUGCGUUUGGGGUUUUACAAGCACGCUUUGCAAUAAUACAAAGGCCAUCACUCAUUUGGGAUGAACACUUAAUGUGGGAAAUAAUGCUGGCGUGUAUCAUUCUUCACAAUAUGAUUGUCGAGGAUGAACGGGAUACAUAUCUAAAUUAUCAAGACGCAUCAGACUUCGAGCAAGAAAAUGCCUCGAUUGCUAGUACUUCGUCUAGCCAUAGGCUUGAAACAUUCUAUGUUCAACCUGGUCGCUACAAUGAUAUAGGGAUGCAACAAUAUUUGCAAAAUAGAGCUGAUGCGUGGAUAGAGAUGUUCACAACUCCUUACAAAAGGACUUGGCUCAACACAUUUGGCACAAUUGUCGCCAAUCAACCAAUGAUGAGUGAAUUAUUGUUUGUAAUAUUAAGUGUAGCCAUUGUUGUAAGAAAUCUCAAUUAA